AAACACCGUAAACUCCUCCCCUUCUCAGGAACUUCCUCUCUCUCUCUUUCUAGUUUCAGGGCUGGACGGAAGCUGGAAAACUCCGGCAUUCAGAUUUCUGUUGCCAAGUUUCUUUUUCUUCUUCAACGCGAAGGUAAAGUUUUCCUUGUUAACCUUCAACUCCUCAUCCUUUCCACAUAAUCACUCCUGUUCUGUUCUUUCUGAGUAGACCAUUACUCAUUACUUUUGCUGGGCGUGACCAAUCCCCUUCUAGUGUGCUCUCUACCCCCGAUCUUUGUCUUCCUUUUCCAUUUCAGGCCAACAACAAGCAUGCCAUCCUUGGUUUGAUGAUUAGAGCUUUAAUAGAAACAAAAAUCUGAUUUUUUGCCGUCUUCUUGGUGAAGGAAGCGACUUUUAUUUGCGGAACUGAUGGCUUCGAAGUCUUACUCCAAUCUCCUCGAGCUAGCUUCCGGUGAUCCGCCGCCCGUAUGCCGUACUGCCCACUUCACUCCUCGUCAUCUUCUGCCCUCCGCCACCGGCUCCUUCCUUUCGCACUCCGAUUCCAACUCCGAACUUGACCCUUCCUUUUCUUUGUCUUCCUCCACCCCUCGCACAAUCAUCGUCGCCAACCACCUACCCCUCUGCACCGGCCGCCGCUCCGACGGCUCGGGUUGGUCAUUCUCUUUCGACCACGAUUCUCUGCUUCUCCAACUCCGAGACUCCCUCCCGUCCUCCUCCAACCUCACCUUCGUUGGCUGCCUCCGCGACGACAUCAUCCCCCCUUCUGAUCACGAUGAGGUUUCCCAACACCUCCUCCACACCUUCCGCUGCCUUCCCCUCUUCCUCCCCGCGGAACUCCACUCGCGUUUCUAUCUGGGCUUCUGCAAACGCCAUUUGUGGCCUCUGUUCCAUUACCUCCUCCCUCUCUCCCCUGAACUCGCCUCCCGCUUUGAUCGCUCUCUCUGGCAAGCAUAUGUCUCCGUUAACAAGCUCUUUGCCGACAAACUCCUCGAAGUCAUCAACCCCGAUCACGACUCUGUUUGGCUCCACGAUUACCAUCUAAUGGCCCUCCCAACUUUUCUUAGAAAACGCUUCAACUGCCUGAAGCUCGGAUUUUUCCUCCAUUCUCCCUUUCCUUCCUCCGAGAUCUACCGCACCCUCCCUGUUCGCGAGGAGAUUCUUCGUUCCCUCCUUAACUCUGACCUCAUCGGCUUCCACACAUUCGACUACGCUCGCCAUUUUCUCUCUUGCUGCAGCAGAAUGCUCGGCUUAACCUACCAGUCCCACCGCGGCUAUAUUGAACUCGAUUACUAUGGGCGCGCCGUCAACAUCAAGAUCCUCCCUGUUGGCAUCCACUUGGGCCGGCUCCAGCGGGUACUUUCUCUGCAUGAAACGGAGUCCUUGGUUGCCAGAAUCAUGGAGCAGUUUGCGGAUAAGACGAUUUUGCUUGGUGUUGACGACUUCGAUAUAUUCAAGGGCAUUAGCCUCAAGCUUCUAGCAAUGGAACAGCUCCUCGCCCUGCACCCAAAAUGGCGUGGCAAAGCCGUACUUAUUCAGAUUGCAAAUCCUGCUAGAGGCCGUGGGAAGGACGUUAAGGAGGUGCAAGCUGAAACCUUUGCUAUUGUACGGCGGAUUAAUGAAACAUACGGAACUUCAAAUUACAGGCCGGUUAUUCUAUUUGACAAGCCCCUUUCGUUCUGUGAAAAGAUAGCUUAUUAUGUUGCUGCUGAUUGCUGCUUGAUCACCGCUGUUAGGGAUGGCAUGAAUCUGAUCCCUUAUGAGUAUGUCAUUGCAAGACAGGGGAAUGAGAAUUUGGACAGAGUUCUUGGUUUGAGUGUGGGUUCGGUGAAGAAGAGCAUGCUUGUGCUGUCAGAGUUUAUUGGAUGUUCUCCUUCUUUGAGCGGGGCUAUUAGAGUUAAUCCAUGGGACAUUGAAGCUGUAGCUGACGCAAUGGACAGUGCAUUGGAGAUGCCUGAGACUGAGAAGCAGCUGAGGCAUGAGAAGCAUUUCCAGUUUGUGAGCACACAUGAUGUUGGUUAUUGGGCUCACAGCUUUCUGCAAGAUUUACAAAGGUCAUGCAAGGAUCACUUGACAAGAAGAUGCUGGGGAAUUGGCUUUGGGUUGGGAUUCAGAGUUGUUGCUCUUGAUAACAACUUCAGGAAGCUAUCAAUGGAGCAUAUUCUCACAGCUUAUCGUAAGUCUAAAACCAGAGCUUUGUUGCUGGAUUAUGAUGGUACUCUGAUGCCCCAAUCAACCAUUGAUAAGAGACCAAGCUCCAAGUUGGUUGAGAUAUUGAAUUCUCUCUGCAACGAGAAGAACAAUUCGGUCUUCCUGGUGAGUGGGAAGAGUCGCAGAACUUUGAGCGACUGGUUUUACACCUGUGAGAAUUUGGCAAUUGCGGCAGAGCAUGGCUGUUUUAUCAAGUUGAAGAGAGAUUCAGCAUGGGAGACAUGUGUGCCAUUGGUUGGCUGCGACUGGAAACAGGUAGUGGAACCCGUUAUGAAACUAUAUACCGACACAACGGAUGGGUCCACCAUAGAAGACAAUGAAACUGCUCUUGUCUGGUCAUACGAGGAUGCUGAUCCGGAUUUCGGCUCUUGUCAAGCAAAAGAGCUUCUCAGUCAUCUCGAAAGCGUCCUUGCCAAUGAACCUGUGUCUGUCAAAGCUGGCCCCCAUAAAGUAGAGGUUAAACCUCAGGGUGUGAGUAAGGGCCUGGUUGUGGAGCGAAUGCUUUCUACACUGGGGGCGAAGGUACUCCAACCUGAUUUCAUUCUGUGUAUUGGGGAUGAUAGAUCCGACGAGCAGAUGUUCGAGGUCAUAAACAAUGCCAUGACUGGUCCUCGUUUGGGCAAAAAUGCUGAAGUUUUUGCUUGCACUGUGGGGCAGAAACCAAGCAAGGCAAAGUAUUACUUAGAUGACACAAUUGAGAUCAUGAGGCUGAUCCAAGGCCUGGCAUUUGUUUCCCUCACAGAACAAGAACAUGGACGCUCCAGCUCUGGUAGUUCAAUUGAUUUUGAUGGUAUGAUACAGGUUAAUGAUGCAAAAGGAAUUUUUGAUUGAAUGAUAGGAUUAUUUGUUGUUAUAGCUUUUGUAGGCAUAGAGCAUUGCUUGGUCUUUCUUUAUAUGCGUCCGCAUUCAAAUUUGGUGGUAAAUAUGUGGGUCUUUGGGCCGUUUGUGUUUGCAUCCAUCAUUUCGUUUUCUUCUGCUUUUGUGAUGGAAUACUUCACGUAAUCAAGGCCAUAUAUCUUGCUUUCUACGGAAAUUUAUUCACUUGAUAGCUUUUAUAAAACUCAUAUCUCUAAAUAUUCAAAAUUGCUGUCUGCUUUAUCGAGAUCCAAACUAUUUUUGAGGCAGAAGUAUGAUAGUCAUG